UUCGGAAUGCUCGUUUUCCGAUAGGCACACGCUGACAUUUGUUUCCGAUAAUGUAAAAUGAAAAAAAAAGGCAUCAGCUAGGAACAAGCUGUCUCCCAAGUGGAACGGAACGAACCUCUAAUUGGGUUACCAAAUCACCAGCAUUGAAUGCCACCAGGUGGGAGGGAGGCUGUAGGCAUCAGGAAUCUGUCACUCGAGCGUUUAAAUUACCAUCUUAACAUCCGCGGAGAGCACAAUGUGAUUCCCAGUGUAAAACGCUUCUGUUAUCUGCGUGCCGUGCCAAAGAUAAAGUGCCAAGCAUUUCAAUUCGGCAGAAAAGCCAUGAAGUCAUUGCCAUUGCGCAGGCCAGACCCCACUCCGUUCCCAGAAUACUCGUAGAUGAUCUUCCGCAGUCAUGCUAAUUGUCAUGGCAACUCGUAUUCCUGCAGAGCAGGGAGUCGGAGUCAUACCCCAGUAGUUUCCGCCAUUCGUUAUCUUCGUUCAGGUGGAGAAGAUUACCAAAACUUCCAAAGGCAAAGAGAGAGAGAGAGAGAGAGAAGCGAGCGGUCUAAGGCGCAUUUUAGUUCAAUUGUAUCGUUCGAGGCGUUUGGCGUUUCUGAUUUUAAUUUCGCACCCUGCCUGUCAUGAAGACAUGAAUUAAUCUAGAAGCGGGCUGAUUAAAAAUGUCUAACAUGCCCGAUUCGGCGGCAUAAAAAGGCUUUGCCACGGGCUGGGAAUGCAUCAGUGAUCAGUUAGCCGAGUUAAGAGCGAGUCAGUCGAGCCCCAACUAGCAGCAAUAUGAAAACCGUGAUCUUCGUGCUGGCCGCCAUUGUGGCCGUCAAUGCCCAGAAUACGUGUUACAGAACGCCCGUGUACACCGAGAAGAUCGAUCCUGUCGUCUGCCCGAAAGCCGGUAUAAAGCUGCCCAACUACGAGAAUGCUUCUACCUUCUACCAAUGUGGCAGCGUGGGAACAACUGGCACGCUGACCAGCUGCGCCACCGAAAACUACUUCAGCUACGUGAUGCAAACCUGCGGACCGUGCGAGUCGUAUUUGCCCUCCACUAUUUGCUCUGCUCUGCCUUUCAACGCCACAUGCGUGCCCAUUGGGUCCGCCACAACAGCACCACCAGCCACCACUGGCUCCACCGCAACCGCCACCACUGUCGCACCGUCAGUCAGCACCGCCAGCACUGCCGCACCAACCGGCAACGUCACCACGGCUGCCCCAACAACCCAGGCACCCAGCACCACCUCAGCCGUUCCCGAGCCACCCACCGAUGCACCAGGCUCGACCACGGCCGGUGACAGUGGCAAUGAUACACCUUCGGGCACCACCAUCUUCAUUCCCCAGCCUCCCUCCCCCGGUGAGAGCAAUGUCCCUACUCCGGUUACGCCCGUGCCCACUGCCCCGAACAUUGAAGUCACUCCCCCAACCGUCCAAAAUGCCCCUGCUCAAUAGAAUGAAAACAACAAUCGUUCAGUACUUCCGCCUUUCAGCAUUUUGGCAUGUAUGUAUGUACCGAUAUUCCCUGAAUAAAGUGUUCGCAGAACAAUGAGCCAAA